CAUCAAGUGGUUGGGCUCUUUAUUUCCUUUGAUGUUUUGCAGAUUCAUGUAGAGACAAUACUAUGUGUUUUUUAAAUGUGUUGAUGGCUACGCCUUCUGGUUCCCAAUCACAAUCUGUUGGGAGGGACUUCCAACUAAGGUGUUAAAAAUAUGGCUGAAGGUGUGUAUGGACGAUAAUGGUGUUUAUGAUGUUCAAUCCACCUUGAUUGGGAUGAACUUGUUGGGCUAUCUUGACGGCUCCAUCACAGCUCCCAAACAGUUCCUGGAUACGGCGUGUACUAAGUUGAAUCCCGAAUACACAGCUUGGUUCCGUCAAGAUCAAAUUCUUCUUGGUGCUCUCCUUGGUUCGUGCUCAGACUUGGUGCAACCCCUCGUUUCCCUUGCUGAAACCUCUCAUGGUGUUUGCUCCCGACUCAACUCUCAUCUUGCGAGCAUGUCUCGUGGCCGCAUUAUCUCCCUCAAAGCUCAACUCAACAAAAAUCCACGAGGGAAUCGUUCUAUUGAAAAAUUUAUGAAGGAUAUGACGGAUAUCGCUACUGAUUUAGCCCUUGCUGGGAGUCCAGUUUCUGAUGCUGAUUUUAUUGUCUCAAUUAUCACUCAAUUGGGUGAAGAAUAUCAUGCCAUUUAUCAAUCUCUGCAUGGCAGUGGAUUGACCCUAACCAUUGAUGAACUCACUCAUAUCCUCACUGACUGUGAGAGGCAAUUGCAACAAACCAAUGUUGCUGAUGAAUCCCUUGUGCCCACUGCUAAUUUCACGCAACGAGGGGCUAGUCAGAGUCGUGCCACUGUGUCGUCAACCUAUUCCAUACACAACAAUUCUGCGGGUGGCUCCCGUCGUGGCAAGGGCAUGCGAUCUGGGCAGUCUCAGUCCAGGGGCCGCCUUCCUCGUCACUGCAAUUUUUGUGAUUUUUCCGGCCAUGAUACGAGAUUCUAUCGUAAAUUGCAACUUUUUCUGAGGGACAAACUGUAACACCCUAAUCCAUCCAGCCUCCCGAGAGACUCUCUCGAGCUACACUACUUCCGUUAAGCUUACGGGUGCUUAACAAACCGUUACAACCUGAGAACUCGAGUCCCACGAGCCUCAACAACACUUGCUCGGAGAUACCGCACUCCAAGACUUCAACCCGAAGGAAAGUACCUUUCCUUCGUACAACCAAGGGAAACAAAUUAAACUUCCCUUA